AUGUUGCGCAAUUCCAAAUCCUUUUGGCCCUGCCGUGGUUCCUGGUCGUUUCCGCUGAGACAGUCCAUUGGCCUAGUUGGUCAGCAAAGUGGCGGGUUGCACCCGCCCGCGCAUUCGCCGAGGCUUCUUUCGACGAGGGCCCCGACAUACUUCUCUCCUACUUUAUCUCCCCUCCCCGCCAGCAGAUCAUCGCUUUUCCGCAGACACCCUUCAGGAAGCUUUAUUUCAAUCCGCAAAAUGUCGUCCGCCACUAGCUUCUACGAUUUCAAGCCGCUUGACAAGCGCAACCAGGAGGUCAACUUCGAGGACUACAAGGGCAAGGUUGUCCUCAUCAUCAACACCGCCUCCAAAUGCGGUUUCACCCCGCAGUACGAAGGAUUCGAGAAGCUCUACAAGCAGCUCCGCGAGAAGUACAACGACGACGUUGUAUUCCUCGGCUUCCCGUGCAACCAGUUCGGCGGCCAGGAGCCCGGGACCAACGAUGACAUCCAGAACUUUUGCCUGGUCAACUAUGGCGUCAGCUUCCCCAUCAUGGGCAAGGUCGACGUCAACGGCGACAACGCCGCGCCCCUCUACAACUGGCUCAAGGAGCAGCAACCCGGCAUCCUGGGCCUCAAGCGCGUGAAGUGGAACUUUGAGAAGUUCCUCGUCGGCCGCGACGGCAAGGUCAAGGGCCGCUGGGCCAGCACCACCAAGCCCGAUGCCCUCGAGGCGCCCAUUGUCGCAGAGCUCGAGAAGAAGGAUGCUGCGUCCAACCUCUAA